GUUAAUGCGUUAUGUAACACCCUGAGGAUGGUCGUCAUCAGUGCAUGCACUGUCAGUGGUCUGGACUCUUGUUUUAUGGUGUGUGUGAGUCUAGCUCUCCUGUGGAGAACAUCCGAACAGCAGAGCACGGGCAGAUAGAGCUUUUGUGCUGCGCCGACCAUUCUUCCGAGGAGAAAUCUCUGCAAAACAUCCAGUGAAACAUGGGGCCGUUCCAAGAGUACGAGGAAAAGAAGUCCCCUGAGAAAGGCAGCCCUCGCAGUCGCAUCCCACGUUUGGUCCUCCAUCCCUUUCAGCCUAAGGGCAAAGGGUCACCUCUUUCUGACUCCCCUUUCUCAGAGGAGGAGGGAAAAGAGUGUGAUGUCAGCUCAGAUCACUCCAAGAGGACAAACAGCACCAACAGUUUUUACUCAGAUGACACCGGCUGCCCCACUAGUCAGUCUGUGUCCCCCUUCAAAACCCCGUCAGGCUCAGAGCAGAGUGCCCACAGCUCGCCAACACUCCCCGAGCGCAAGACCAAAGUGAAGAGGGUGCGGGUGAUGGCAGAGGGAAGUUGUGAACCACGAAGUGCACCGAGGCGCAAGAAGGAACUCAGGCCUGCCAUGAAAGCCAGAGGAAGUGAGGCAGACUUCAGCUCAUCCAGCAGUACAGGCAGCCUAAAGACCAAGGAGAGCCUGACUUCCAAAUCAUCAGGAAAGAAGGCUCCCUAUCGCAGUCGCAGUACGCACAUCCGAUCGUUCCCAGUCUUCAAACCAGCAGGAAGCCCUGCCAGCAACCGUGAUGCAGAUCUCUACGCUCCCUACAGGACUCCACCCAGAGCUGCUUCCUCGACCAACAGCAGCAGCUGCAACUCUAGCCCGACCUCCAGGCGAGCAAACUUGGGCCGCUACCACUAUUGUGGAGACAACCAUGGAAUCAAACCCCCAAACCCUGAGCAGUACCUCACCCCACUGCAGCAGAAGGAAGUGGCCAUCAGACACUUGAAGACAAAGCUGUUGGAGUCUGAGAACAGGAUGCAUGACAGAGAGGCAGAAAUUGAGGAGCUCAAGGGCCAGCUUAGCAGAAUGAGGGAAGACUGGAUUGAAGAGGAGUGUCACAGAGUAGAGGCCCAGCUGUCCCUCAAAGAAGCCCGUAAGGAAAUCAAACAGCUGCGCCAGGUGGUGGAGACCAUGAAGAGCAGUCUGAUGGAAAAGGAUAAGGGGAUACAGAAGUACUUUAUUGACAUAAACAUCCAAAAUCGGAAGCUGGAGUCGCUGUUGCAAAGCAUGGAGCUGGCUCAGAGUGGUGCCAACCUGCAAGAUGACAACACAUUGGACUUGAUCUUUGACAGCACUGACAGCGGUCGGAAGAAGCUGAUUGGGGAGGGAGAGGGCGUGAUGGAGUUGGGAGAUCAAGCAGAAGAGGCCAUGGCUGAUAGUGGGCUGCUAAUAAAUGAUGAGAUGGCCAACAGAGCUGACAUCUUAGAGCAGGUCUUUAUGUCCACUGCGGUGGAUUUCAGUCAGGAUUCCAUUCGCAAAGCAAAACCCGGGCUAGAGUCUGUCCCCGGGGUGUCCACAUUAUCAGAAAAAUCCAAUCCACCUCCAUCAGCUACUAUACAAGAUACCAGCUGUAUACUUUCACUCUCCCAGGAGAAGACUGAAGAUAAAGGGAUCCAGACUGACAUAACGCCCAUGCCUCAAGACCUCCAGGCUCUGCUUUACCAGCUUCUUAAAGACCCAACGUUGUCCAUCGCCAACACUCUUUUGGGCUUCCAAAACCUUCCCAGCACCACCACUUUCACCUGUGCACAGCCACCUGUCUUGAUGCCUGCCAUACCCAACGUGCUGACCCCUGCCCCACUUGACAGCACAGCCACACUUGCCGACACCGGCUUGUGCGGCUCAGAUCCUGCACAGAGCACACGGUUCAUGGAUGAGUUAGAUUUUGGUGUGAGCACAGAAAAACAUUCUUUGUCACCGGAACUGGGUGUGGUGGGCAAGCAGUAUUGGAGCAACAGUUUCCUGGUGGAUCUGGUUGCAGUGGCAGCCCCUGUGUUACCCACAGUAGCCUGGCUCUACUCACGACAUGGUGUGGAUGGAAGCGCUCCAGUCUACAAUAUUGCUGCACUCAUCCGGGGCUGUUGCAUUAUGGGAUUGCACUCUCUCCGUCAUGUUGCUCACAGGCCAGUUGUGUAAUGCUUCCAACCCACAAGCACACACCUCCCUUUGAAUUAGAAGCACUUUUCAUGUAUUUUUUUCUUAUUGUGAUCACGUAAUGCAGCAUUUUGGGGUCCAGCACUGUUACACUGCACUGUAUUUACCAUCAGUUGAUGCGAAAUGGUAACAUGAAAGGGAAUAUUUAUUCAUGGGGGUAAUUUAUUUCUAGUUUUUCCAAUAAGCUGAUCAUCUUGGUAGAUGGUUGCGUUCAUUGUUUUGUAAUGUUGCCAUGUUGUCCUUUGUUAGAGUAAAAGCUCUCGUUCAGAUGAGAUCUUUUUGGGAGGUGAAAGAUUGAAUGUCUAUUUUUGUUUGACAGGUUUGAUAUGUCUGAGUUAUUGUUCAAAAAGAAACCUUAAACCUUCAGCCAAAGCUUUAAUGUAAAUUCACCUUUUUUUUUGUGAAGUGUAUAUUUUUCCUCCCUAGCAAAGGAGCUUUAUGUGAACCAAUGUAUUGCUAGCAGAAAGUUAAUAGUUAUGUGCCUGAGCUAUGUCCAAUACAAGUGGUUUACAUCAGAUGUCUAUGUAUAUUAUUAAAGCAUGAUAACCAGCCAA